GCCAUAAAAAAAUCCUAAAAAUACUUGCUCAGAAGAGUUGAAAUUUGAAAUAAAAAUUAAAGAAAAGUUAGUUGACUUGUUCAAGUGGUUUAUAAGAUUCCAGUUCCAGUUUUGAGUGAAAAUCCAAGAAUAAUAAACAACCCUUGACCUGAAGAAAAAUGAACGAAUGAAUUAUAAACUCAGUGGAAAGAAAAGGAACGUAUAUUAAUUUAAACAAGCAAAGCUAUACCCAUGAAUCCUUACUCUCCAAGUAAAACACCAGCCCCUGUUUGUAUAAUUAUUCACCACAAAACCCCAAGACGAAAACUCCUAUUUUGUUUCAUUCACGCAUUUCAUCAAACACAUAUCAUAAACCAAAUUCAUCCACAAAAUCACUGAGAAAAAGAGAAAUAGAAACUCAAACAUGAGAAACGGGAAGGUGGGGUUGGUUGUUUGGUUGAUUUUAUCUCUGGUUUUGAAGUUCUGUUCAGCUUCACCAACGUCCUCAUCAUUGAUCAAUAGAGUUGGGUCUUCCCUUUUGUUCCCAGUUCAUGGGAAUGUGUAUCCUACAGGGUACUAUAAUGUCACCCUUUACAUGGGACAGCCAGCAAAGCCUUACUUUCUUGAUAUUGACACUGGAAGUGAUCUCACAUGGCUCCAAUGUGAUGCACCCUGUGUGCAUUGCACUGAGGCACCUCAUCCUUAUUACAAACCCAACAAUGAUCUUGUGGUCUGUAAGGACCCAAUCUGUGCAUCCUUACAUGCACCAGGUGACCACAAAUGUCCAGAUCCAGGGCAAUGCGACUAUGAGGUUCAGUAUGCAGAUAGUGGUUCUUCUCUUGGUGUCCUUGUCAGAGAUGCUUUUGCCUUCAAUUAUAUAACCGGAGUCAGAAUUAAUCCCCGUCUAGCUCUCGGUUGCGGAUAUGAUCAACUUCCAGGUCCAUUUAAUCAUCCCUUGGAUGGAAUACUUGGUCUUGGCAAGGGAAGAUCCAGCAUUCUUGCACAGCUUCACAGUCAGAAUUUAGUUCGAAAUGUAAUUGGCCACUGUUUAAGUGGACGAGGNAAAAAAAAAAAAACGUUAACGAAAACCAGGAAUACUUCAGUUGCAAAACAGAUGCAGAAGCAACGUCAACAGAGGAGACCAAGGCCAUCUGAAUGUGAACCAGUUCUUGUGACUAUUGAGGCUGUUCAUGAUUUGACCCUUGCUUCCCUGAAAUCAGAGUUGAAGCAAAAGUCAAUGCCUUCUACUAAAAGAAUGCAAGAACGAAGACCAAAGACACUGGUUAACUCAACAAACAGAGCAACAAAAGAACCGCUGUGGACAGAAAAAGCGGCUAAUAUCCGGGCCAAAAGAAACAGCUGUUAA